AUGGUUCUUCUAUCUACCUCGUUCUUUGCGGCUCUCGUUGCAGUGACAGUUGCCACGCCAGCAGAACGGUCAGCCCUUGUCAUCCACGAACGCCGCGACACACCUGCUCGAGGCUUUGUCAAAACUGGUCCAGCACCCCCCUCCAGGGAGCUUACUCUCCACAUCGCGCUGAAGCCCAACAAUAUUGCCGGUCUUGAGGAGGAACUAUAUGCAGUUUCCGACCCCAAAAGUGAUACUCUCCAGUUCACCGUGCCCGUCUCCCAAGCUAGCGCCAUGUUGGAUGCGGAAUUCGCGAAGUUUGCACAUUCUGGCAGUAACCAAACUACCAUCCGAACGCUGCAGUACUCUCUUCCUGCAGACCUGGCCGGUCAUGUUGCCUAUGUCCACCCGACGACCAGCUUUACGAAUCCGUUUGCCACACCCAAAAUCGAGCCCUACGAUGUCAAGCGCAAACAAAUGGGCCUCCCCAAAGGGCCUGCGACACAAAGGAAGAACGUGCUCGGGAUAUCGGGCUUCACCAACGAAUUCGCCAACUUUAACGAUCUAAAGGAUUUCCUCGCCAGAUUCCGUCCUGACAUGCCUUCGUCUACGAAAUUCGAUGUACAACUGCUCGAUGGAGGCGCCAACACACAGCAAGACCAUUUCUCGUUAAAACUGCAUGCUGACAAGAAACCAGGCUUCGUGCUUUCGCUGGCCUCGAAGCAGUAG